AUGGCUUCCUAUAACCAAAACCACUAUGUUUUAGCUCUGUUCCUCAUUUUCACUGUAUGGACAUCCCAUGUAAUGUCUCUAAGGCUUCUUGAUGCCUACACAUCCGAGACACAUGAGAAUUGGAUGUCACUAUAUGGUAAGUCUUACAAGGAUGCUGCUCAGAAGCAAAAACGUUACCAAAUAUUCAAACACAAUUUAGAGUUCAUUGAGUCAUUCAAUGCUGCUGGGGACAAACCUUUCAACCUUAGCAUUAACCAAUUUGCUGACAUAACCAAUGAAGAAUUUAAGGCUUCACUUAAUGGUCAGAAGAAGGCACAUGUUCUUGGGACAGCAACAAAAACGACAUCGUUUAAGUAUGCCAAUGUGACUUCCAUUCCUACUACCGUUGACUGGAGGGAAAGAGGUGCUGUUACUCCAAUCAAGGACCAAGGCUCAUGUGGUAGCUGUUGGGCAUUUUCAACUGUGGCUUCAACCGAGGGUAUACACCAAAUAACCACAGGUGAAUUAGUGUCACUCUCUGAGCAAGAACUAGUAGAUUGUGUUAAAGGUAAUAGUGACGGAUGCAAUGGUGGUUAUGUGGAAGAUGCAUUUGAGUUUAUAGUGAAGAAAGGAGGAAUAGCAAGUGAAGCAUACUAUCCCUACAAAGGAGUAGAUAGGACAUGUAAGGUUAAGAAGGAAACUACGAAUCAUGGAGUUAGGAUUAAAGGGUAUGAGACAGUUCCAGCUAAUAGUGAAGAGGCACUCCUAAAAGCUGUGGCAAAUCAACCAGUGUCAGUUUAUAUUGCUGCUGGAGGAUCUGCUUUCCAAUUUUAUUCAAGUGGAGUUUUUACAGGAAAAUGUCGAACUGACGUAGAUCAUGUUGUUACAGUUGUUGGUUAUGGUGAAUCUCAUGAUGGCACCAAGUAUUGGCUAGUCAAAAAUUCCUGGGGCACGAAAUGGGGUGAAGAAGGAUACAUAAGAAUGAAGCGAGAUAUACAUGCCAAGGAAGGUUUAUGUGGAAUUGCUACAAAUCCCUCUUAUCCAACUGCUUAG